AUGAAUAACACAAGAGGAAGGCGGUUAGUGCAGUUAGCUACAAGUUCCUUUCAACAACCACGCCAGCAGCGACUGAACGAAGCUACUGGCCAGUUGCAUGAAGAUGAAACUAUGCAGCAGUAUGACACGUCUAGUGAAGAGGUCUUGUUCGAAGAAGGGUCGUCUUCUGACUCAGACUACCUGCCAGAAGAAAGUAAUGUUGGCUUUCAAUCUAAUGCAUUAGAAGAAAGUACGAGCUCCAACGCAGAGGUUCUUGAUGAGGAGACAGGAGUGCUUACUCGUAAGGAUACCCACAAAAUGAAACGCAAUCGUAAGGGUCAAGCAGAUCAGACAAAAUGGAAGAGAUUAAAAAACUCUAAGGCUAGGUUACAAGGUAAACAAUAUGAAGGUUUUGAGAAGGAUAGGAAUGGAAAAUACUAUUAA